AUGGUGGCAAUGUUCUACACCAUCUUCGUGCAUAUUUCUCCGACCACGAGCGCAGCUGCAUGGCAGAGAAGCGAGGAGGGCGGGCGUGCAGCGCGGACUCGCCCCAAGAAGAAAAUUUGCCGGUUACAUUCCCUCACGGCAGGCCUUUCCAACUUGACCUCCAGUGGGCAGAUGGCUGAGACACAACAAGGAAGAAAGCAAGAGGAAGCGUCAUGAUAGGACACUGACACUAGACGAUUUCUAGCGUCGAGUCCUUGUGGAACACCUUCCCUGCGUAGGAACUUCGUAGAAACCCUGCACUUACUAUCUGUACUGUGUAAAAGUCCGGCGUCGCAAGCCGAAUUGCUUUACCGCGUUCCGUGCAAUCACGGAGAUUAUGCAACUCGAGACAUCGUAGGUUCCAGAGUGGGUGAUCGUCUGGGAACCCCGGGGAUCAAAAGGCUCCGAGCCUCUGGCUGAUGGCAUAACAACUGAUGAUUACUGACUAGGUUAACGGAGAAUUACUCACCUUUUACGCCAGAACGUUGUUGUAGACCAUUACGAGAAAUGUAACAGAGUUGUUUUUAAAAAGUCUAAAUAUGCUUGUAACAGAGUAUUGUAUCUCAGCUUCUGUGUCAAUGGCUCCUAUCUCGUACAGAGUUUUUGAUCAAUUUCCCCGAUCCUUUAAACAAAUGUUGAGAUGGCUCCUAGUUUUGCUUCUGGAUAUAAAUUUUGUUUCACCAUCUUCCCGUUUUCUUGAAGUCAAUGGAAAAUGGAGAUAUUCAAAUAAUCGUGCUCCGUGUUCGCGCGACUGUAAGUCGAUUCGGUCACGAAGGAGACGAUAAGAUAUAAUAGCCAAAAUCUGUGGUUCAUUUC